AUGAGCUGGCAGAAGCUUCCCAAGGAGCUUCGGCUCCAAAUCCUAGAGGAGGUAGCCAACAGCGAUGACCAUCGCAACCUACCGCGUCUGGCUCGCGUCUGCCGAGAUUGGCAAAACUUCUUCGAAUUCCUCCUAUACAAGCACGUGGUCCUCGAUGAAGAUGUUCUCCAUGCGUUUGAGGCUACCGUGGCAGCCAAUAGAGCCAAGUUGGCUGCUGUCGAGGCUGUGACAUUUCGUAUCAAGCUCCCAGAGUAUCAAUAUCCCCAGUGUCUAGGACCGGAAGAUGUCGAUACUAUCAUUUGGAACAACCAGGCUUUCACAUAUCAAGUGUUGGGGCUGCUUGAUAUGCUUUCUGGCUGGCACGAAAUCAAGAGCGAAGGAAUCACUCUUGGACUUGCCGUUUUUACACCAAGUGACAACGAGCACCGCUUCUUCUUCUGUGAAGAAGAGGAAGACUAUCCCUUCCAGUUCGAAGGGGAUUUGCAGAGAUCGCCGAACUUGUUGGAGUACUAUCAGCGCAACAUCUGGAAGAGCACCCGUUAUAUCUGUCCCUCCGAAUAUCACUACGACCUGCCCAACGAGAUCGAGGAGGAGACCAGGGUUUGCGGUGAACCUCUCAUGUUUGUACGAGAAGGAGAGUUCCUCCCAAUCCUUCCACGCGUCCCUAUCGUGGAACAUUUCUCUAUACGCCGACAGAGAUUCCGGAGCAUUGGAGUAGAUGCCGUCACUCUCAUUACCCUUGUGAGCCUCAUAAACCUGAGAUCGCUCCGGUUCGAGAGACGAGCUGCUCAAGACGUUACUCUCGAUAUAACUGAGCGUAGAAGCCAAUCUGAAAGUUUAAUCCGUGCCCUUCCCCUCUCAAUUCGCCAGCUGUCGCUUACCGAAUGGACGAGUUUCCACAGCACUCUUGACUUUGGGUGGAAGCCAUCUAUGAUCCGCACUGCAGGUAUCGCUACCGUUUUUCGAUACUUGACGGCUUUCGCAACAAACUGCACUGGGACUGUGGAUCACAUCUUGGCUGAGAUGACCACCCCCGGAAUGUGCCAAAGCUUGGAGCGGUUGAGCCUGACCCCCCAGUCAUUCAAUCGCAAGAGUUCCUCCCUUCAUGCUAUGAUGGAUACCAUUGAGCGGUCUACGGAUAUCCUCCCCGCCUGUCCCAACCUGCGCAUCAUGGAGCUUUGGGGCGUCAAGGAUGGCGAUGGCCGCAUUUUCCGGUACAAGAUGGACCGAGGAGCCAGGAGGGCCUCAAUCACUUGGAGCACCUGCCGCUCUGACAUCCCUUUUCUCAACCGUGUCGUCGUUAAGAGCUGGGUUGAUGCUACGACCAAUAUCGGCGCGCACCCGCUGGCCAUCCGCAUCGAGAAUAUCGACGAGACAGAGCUUGCGAUGCAGAUCAACCACGGACAACCUCUGCUGAAGCAUCUAGAGCUCCAGCAUCUUUUGAUGCACCCCCUCACCCUCGCCGAGAUUAACGCUGAGGACGAACUCAAGCGAAUCCGAGGUCGACGCCGCCUUCCUCGUUCUAAUAUUGAACAGUGA